GGCCCUGGGCUCGCUGCGAGCUGCCGGCCGAGCCAUGGGCUGCGACGGCCGGGUGUCUGAGCUGCUCCGCCGCAACCUACAGCCCACGCUCACCUACUGGAGCGUCUUCUUCAGCUUCGGCCUGUGCAUCGCCUUCCUGGGGCCCACGCUGCUGGACCUGCGCUGCCAGACGCACAGCUCGUUGCCCCAGAUCUCCUGGGUCUUCUUCUCGCAGCAGCUCUGCCUCCUGCUGGGCAGCGCCCUCGGGGGUGUCUUCAAGAGGACCCUGGCCCAGUCGUUAUGGGCCCUCUUCACCUCUACCCUGGUCAUCUCCCUGGUAUUUGCUGUCAUCCCCUUCUGCCAUGACGUGAAGGUGUUGGCCUCGGUCAUAGCGCUGGCGGGCCUAGCCAUGGGCUGCAUCGACACCGUGGCCAACAUGCAGUUGGUGAGGAUAUACCAGAAGGACUCAGCCUUCUUUCUUCAGGUCCUUCAUUUCUUCGUGGGUCUUGGUGCUCUGCUGAGCCCCCUGAUCGCUGACCCCUUCCUGUCAGAGGCCAACUGCUUUCCUGCGAAUAACACAGCCAAUGCCACCUCCAGAAGCCAUGUGUCCCGGGUCCUGAGCCAACAUCAUUCAGCAGCCCAGCCUUGGAUAAACCAGACAAUCCCCAGGCUGCCCCCAAAGGAUGUGACCGAGAACCACGUAUCCUAUGCCUUCUGGAUCAUGGCACUCAUCAAUCUCCCAGUGCCCCUGGCUGUUCUGUUCCUGCUGUCCAAGGAGCGGCUGCUGACCUGUGCCCAGAGGAAGCCACUGCUCCUGUCUGCAGACGAGCUUGCCCUGGAGACCCGGCCUGCUGAAAAGGAAGACACCUCCUCCCUUGCCCCCAAGUUUCAGCCACACUCAGGGCAAGAGGACCUGUUCAGCUGCUGCCAGAGGAAGAACUUCCGGGGAGCCCCGUGCUCUUUCUUCGCGAUCCACAUCACGGCCGCUUUGGUCCUGUUCAUGACAGACGGGAUGAUGGGGGCUUAUUCGGCCUUUGUGUACAGCUAUGCCGUGGAGAAGCCGCUCUCUAUUGGACACAAAUCAGCUGGUUACCUCCCUAGCCUCUUCUGGGGUUUCAUCACUCUGGGCCGGUUCAUCUCCAUCCCAGUCUCCUCAAGAAUGAGGCCAGCCACCAUGGUGUUCAUCAAUGUGGUGGGAGUGGUGGUGACAUUCCUGAUGCUGCUUAUCUUCUCCUACAAUGUCAUCUUCCUGUUUGUGGGGACCGCAAGCCUGGGGCUGUUUCUGAGUAGCACCUUCCCCAGUAUGCUGGCCUACACCGAGGACAUCCUCCAGUAUAAAGGUUGUGCGACCACGGUACUGGUGACCGGGGCAGGAAUUGGAGAGAUGGUCCUGCAGAUGCUGGUUGGCUUGAUAUUUCAGGCCCAGGGCAGUUACAGUUUCCUGGUCUGUGGUGUGAUCUUUGGCUGCCUGGCUUUUAUCUUCUACAUCUUGCUCCUGUUUUUCCACAGGAUACACCCUGAACUCUCAUCAGUUCUUACCCAAGACAAAGCCCUUGGUGUGGAGAACUCUGAGUGCUACCAGAGGUGAAGAGCUCAGUUCCUGAGCAACAGGGUGACCAGACUGACACAGGAAGCCAGGGUCACACAGGAGGCUUCUCUUGCUGCCUUGUUUGUGUCUUCCUUCCCUGAGUCUUCCCUGGACAAAUCCAGCACCUGCCUGAUACUUUAGUUAUCUUCCUCUCUGGCUUUGACUUGUUGUCCUUGACAACCAGAAGGGAGGAUGAAAGACAGUCCUCACACCUCCCACACACCACCCUGCGCAUGGGCUAAACUCUGGGUUUGAGAUCACUUUUAGUUGAGGUUUGAAAAACAUGCUAAAAUCAUAAGUCGUUAAUCAUUGCUAGGUGUAGAUAUAUUUUAAAUCAAUCAAAACCCUCUGGCAUGUUAAAAAAAGAUUUAUGUGUUCUUCAUUUACCCAUAGUCCCAAGCCCCUCAUAUCCAUCCUGCAGAAAUCAGUUGAUUUGUGUCCUAAGACAACAAAGGAAAUGUUGAAUCUUGCUUUGAAACCCUAGUUCAGUGUUGCACCAGGCUAACUCAGACAAGCUUUAGAAAGCUGACUGUUAAAUUUUUAUUUUGAGAGCUAGUAGCCAUGACUAAGACUUAAAUUAUUAUUUUUUUUUUUUGAGAUGACAUUUCUCUGUGUAGUCCCAGCUGUUCUGGAACUCACUCUAUAGACCUGGCUAGCCUCAAACUCACAGAAAUCUGCCUGCCUCUGCCUCCCAAGUGCUGGGAUUAACGGUGUGUACCACCACCACCCAGCUUAAAAAAUUACUUAUAACUAAACAUCAA